GUCAGGGAAAGAAGGCAGGAUGAAGUGGGUGUGUGUGUUGGUGCUACUGCUGGCGCUCUCCAAAGCAACAGAAGCCAGUGCCAUUGUAUUUCCCGGCCAACUGGACCACGCUGAAGGGGAUGACUGCCCCACUAGCUCUGGCGGGCCGGGCAAGUGUUCCCGGUCCUGCAAACACUCUGUUGGCCGUGGGGAGCCUUCUAAGUGCGGCAUUAAGGACUCCGCUCUCCUCGUCUGCUGCGACAUACCCUCGAAUCGAGGUGCUGUCACUUUGGCACUUACGGACAUCAGCGCCCCUAGCGUCACCUUCCAAUGUGGAAAAAAUGCAGAAAACUUUUUAUUUUUGUUUGGGCCUUCUGUCGGUGAUGUGCUGCGCCCUGAGGAAUUUACACCUGGCGAGAUACCAGAGGUUGAGGGGAAUAGGCCUGUUCGGUCUGUUCCUGGUGGAUUGCACCCUAAUGAAUUUGCACGGCCAGAGUUUAUAAACCCCCAAGCAGGAAGAGAAGCAGCAAUAGGAGCAAUUAACUCAAAGCGAAAUGCGUGGCCAUGGAUGGCACUGAUUGGAGAAAAUGAUGUAGUGGGAAUCAGGUGGUUCUGCGGUGGAGCGUUGAUCAACGAGCAGUGGGUCCUGACAGCCCUCCACUGCUUCUUCCAGAACACGGCAGAAGUGGUUCGUCUUGGUGAACACAACUACAACGACGACAACGAUGGGGCGAUCCACGAGGACUUUGGUGUGACGGAGACGGUGCUUUAUCCUGACUUUACGUUUGGAGAGGGUUAUCAUGACCUGGCACUCCUCAAGCUGGACAAGCCAGUCGAAAUACAGGAGUUCAUCAGUCCUGUUUGCCUGCCGUGGGGAACGGAGAGCGACAAUGAUGUAACGACACGGAAGGCGACACUCACUGGUUGGGGCGACACUUUGCUGGGAGGGUUUCCAAGCUCCAUCCUGCAAGAGGUCAACGUGACAGUGUUCCAGUCUGGCCAGUGUGACCGCAGCUACUCUACCUUGCCCGAUUAUCCAAACACCUGGCCUCAAGGAAUUGGGAAGGAGAUGCUGUGCGCUGGAGAUCUUGAUGGAGGGCGGGACGCUUGUCAGGGUGACUCAGGUGGACCUCUUGUGACUCGGGAAGCACGUGGACGCUUCGUGCUGGCGGGCGUCGUGUCGCAGGGGUACGGCUGUGGCCACAAGGACUAUCCCGGACUGUACGUCAACAUGCGCCAUGCGCCCUAUCUUGCCUGGAUCAAGAAGGUCGCGUUCACCACAUCUUGAGAUGAUUUUCAUCAGUCUAUAGUGAUGCCAUACUAUGAAAUUUGUAAUGAAGGAACUGUAACAGCUGUAACUUUCCUAUCUUUAAAUUUGAAUUCUUAUGCCCACAUUGAUUGUAAAAGAAUCAUUCUAUCUCACUUACAAAAUAAACAUGUUGAGUGGUA